AUGCCCUUUCUUCAUCUCGGACGAUUUCACGAUUUAUUGUCGACCGUAAAACGAUGCUUUGAAGUAUUUGGAAGUUUUGCAGUUUCUAAAAAAAUUGCCAGUGAUAAUCUCACAAAAGAAUUCUUUAUCAUAAUGAAUCGAUUUCAAUACACAAAAGCAGUUGUAAGUUCUGAUAAAACUUUAUUGCAUCAUAAAUUAUGUUUCGACUAA